UAUGUUUUUCAAGGUACAAAAUGCUUAUACACUGACAUCAAGGAGUAUAUUCGAAUCUCAUCUGCUUUGAACAGUGGUAGAUCUGUUAGAGAUUUACAACGAAAAGAGCUUGAAACCUAUUUUCAAGUUCCUAAAGAUUUGGUGAAAGUUGGCCCAGUAUUACUUCUUGCUGCUCUUCCAUUUGCCAAUUAUGUUAUUUUGCCUGUGAUAUACUUAUUUCCAAGAAGAUUUCUUUCAUCUCAUUUCUGGACUUUGCAACAAAAAGUGGAUUUUGCUGUUAUAAGUCAGAAAAAGAAGUUGUAUUAUUAUAGGCCUGUAUUUCGUCAGUUACAAGCCAAAGUCCAUAAUAUUGAUGACUUAGCUUCUAGAAAUAAAUGUCAGGACAUUUUUUAUAAGUUAGGAAGUGGCUUGCAUCCAACAAUUGAUGAAAUUUUAGAAGUUAAACCUUUGUUUGUUGAUAAACCAUAUGGUAUAUUUUCCAUAACAAACAGGCACUUGCAUAGUCUAUGUCGUAUGCAUGGAAUUUCAACUUUACCUGGUAAACAGUGGAGGUUAUGGAGGCAUGCAGGUUUUAUCAGAGAAAUGGAUUUAGCAAUUCACCGAGAAGGCAUAGAAGCAAUGUCCCAACAUGAAUUAAGACAUGCUUAGUGGUGCAAAACCCCAUCCUGUGCGGUGACUGCCUUCAGUUCCUUUCCAACCCGCAUGAGUGUCUUAAACAAAGGUGCAUCAUCGCAAAAACGUUAAAUAAUAUAUCAAAAUUAGUUGCUAAAUCGGGGAAAGCUCAUACCAUCGGUGAAGAAUUGAUACUGCCGGCUGUCAAGGAAGGUUUAAAAACGGAAUCACACCAUCCAGCCACAUCCAAUUUUAUUGUUGCAUAAUCGAGAAAAUAUUGUUAAGAAUUCUAUUAUUACUAUUUUUAUUAUUAUUGUCUAUUUUUCAAAAGUGUGCUUUUGUUUUAUUAUUGUGUGAAGUUGUAACUAUAU